UCCUCAAGAGUGGACUUCAACCAUCCAUUAUCAUCCAACUCAAGUGAACUUUGACCCUCUGGAUCUAUUGUAUGACACUGAGGAAUAACAGCAGCACUGAGAAAAACGGAUUUUUCCUAUUUCAUCGAGAUGACAUUUUCUAUUGAUAUGAGGGCCUGUGGAUAAAUGAGUUAAAGCUUUACAAUAUUUGGGGGAAGAUGACGCAGAACAUGUUUCAGGAGGGGCUGUACCAGGUGUUUUUCAAAGAGACACCCUCCACCCCCCCUCUGACCCAGGUUAACAAUCACGGGGAGCUGAUCAAUGUCAGGAUUCAUCGUUGGUUUGGGACAGUGGUUAAAACCAGACUUUUGGUGACUGGGGUGGUACAGAUCCUCAGUGCCUUAGCUUGCAUACUAACCACAGUCACCCAUGCAUGUGUGAGCUACAACUGCUCUGUCUCCAUGACAACACCAGUGUGGUCAAGCCUAUUUCAUGUGGCUGCUGGAUGUCUGGCAAUAGAGGUUCAGAGGAAAGCUAAUAAAUUAAAGAUCAUUGCUCUGAUGGGUCUGAACCUCUUUAGUCUUCUGUUUGGCUUCUCUGCUCUCCUGGCUAACAGCCUCAGACCUGCACAGCCUAUUGCACUAAGCACAAUCCAACAGCGUGCUGGUUCAACUGUUGCAAAGGGGAGCUCUAUAGCAUUUAGCCUACAGUGUAUUCUCGCAUCAGUCUUCAUACUGUUCCUGUCCUGGAGAGGCCUACGUCGCUACAGUUGUCCCCAUUCUCAGGCCUACAGCCGCCUCUCACAGCAUCCAGAUGAAACCAAUGGACCUCUACUGGAGCAAGAGGAAUUCAAUCUGUGAAGACCUGAAGAGACUCCUGCUUGCACAAUGUUUUGUAAACUCAGUUACUGUUGUUGAUCAACAUCUUUAUGGUUGGUAUGAACAGUUUGUGCGAUCCUGAUUGAGGAAAUUGUUUCAGAUAUUGUGAAAUUACACUGCUCAAAAAAAUAAAGGGAACACUUAAACAACACAAUGUAACUCCA